UUGAUGUACGGAAGGUCCGGGCGUUAGGACAAUCCCGCGCAAGAGGUGCGCUCCUGUUUCCGCGUCCGAGCGCUCGAGCGAGGCGAGAGAGAGAGAGAGGGGGGGAGAGGAGCGUUCCUUCAGUCCCUCCCCGUCGAAUGGUCUCCCCCGGCCACCACCGCUGCCGAUCCCCAAAUCCUCGAUGCCCCCCUCCUCCCUAUAAGUAGAAGAAGAGCUCCCCCGAUCUUGGAUGCCCUAGAAUCCAACCCUUCCCCUUCUCCCUCCCCCCCCCCUGCCGCGACAAUGGACGAGGAUAAGGGCGGGACCGCGAUCGUCGCCGCUAGGGCUUCCUCCUCCUCCUCCACCGUCCCCUCCGCCCCGCCGCCCGCGGUCUCCUCCUCCUCCAACCCCCCGAAGGAGGCGCCGCCACCGCCGCCCCCGGUGCCGGCCACCGAGCGGCAGCGGUUCUCGGUGGAGCUGCGGCCCGGCGAGACCACCAUCGUCUCCUGGAAGAAGCUCCUCAGGGAAUCCGGCAAGGGCACUUGCUUUCCCUCCUUCUGGGUCGACCCUGCCCUUGGUCCCCCCGCCGCCGCCGCUGCUGCGACUGUGGAAAAUGAGCUAAAAGAUGCAGUACCACCUCCAAAUCGUUUUAGUGCUGUUAUUGAGAAGAUUGAACGCCUGUACGUGGGCAAACAAAGCAGUGAUGAGGAGGAUCUUGAUGAUACUCCAGAUGAUGAUCAAUAUGACACUGAGGAUUCUUUCAUUGAUGAUGCCGAAUUGGAUGAGUAUUUUCAAGUUGACAAAUUGAGAACCAAACAUGAUGGAUAUUUUGUCAAUAAAGGGAAGUUAGAACAUGUUGAGCCUAUGGCAUCACCUGAUGUGGCACCAAAGAAAAGGAGAAGAAAAGAGUCAACAAAGGUUCGUGGGGAAAGGGAUCAUGAUCAUGUUCCCAGUGAAUCCAUAAACAUGGGUAAUAUGCGAAUCAAGGCUGCUGCAAGGAAUGCACCAUUGGUGGGAAAGAAAUUAUCAAGCCCUGCUAAAGUUCUGGCUCUUCCAUAUGUCGAAAAUUAUUAUGAGGAAAACAAACUUGCAGACAAUAAACUGAAUGCCCCUACAGGAGCCUACAACAAAAGGUCUGCUGUUCUCACCAUCAAUUUGGAAAAUCCUCCUUCUGUGAAACUACCAAAUAAGGAUAUCUCAUCACUACCAUUGGAAUCAAAAGAUUUUGAUAACCAUAAAGCUGGGUUGAUGCCAUCCGACCUCACUCAUAAAUCAAGAGGAACUGGCGAUUCUUUUGAUCCCAUGUAUCAGACAUCUCGGGACAAGGGUGUUUCUUCUCAAGUUGAAUUUCAAUCCAGGAGAUUGCUGAAUGGUGAGAACGAAGAAGUAUCAGCUAAAAUACGGCGCAAGGAGAAAUAUGGAACUGGCGAAUUUUCUGACAUGAAUUCUUCUGGGAGUGUCUAUACUACGCAAGCACAACCAACAUUCACAAGGGUGAAGGAAGGCUCCACUGUUAGACCGAAAGGCACAACACUUGAACGAGCCAUUCGGGACCUAGAAAAGAUAGUGGCAGAGUCCAGACCACCAAGUAUUUAUGUUCAGGAAACGGUUCAGGAAAUAGAUCCUUCAUCUCAAGGAGUUAAAAGGAGGCUUCCUCAGGAAGUAAAACAGAAGCUUGCUAAAGUUGCAAGAUUGUCGGCAAGCCAAGCCAAGGUCUCAGAAGAUGAGUUAAUUGAUCGUCUUAUGGGUAUUCUUGGUCACUUGGUGCAGCGGAAGACAUUGAAGAGAAACAUGAAGGAGAUGGUUGAAUUAGGUCUUUCAGCAAAACAACAGAAAGCUGAUAGAUUCCAGCAAACUAAAAAAGAAGUCCAUGAACUGAUCAGAGCACGUGUCUCGAACCUGAACUCUCACGUGGCUGAGCUGCAGGACAUUUCAGCUGAUGACUUCCAGGAGGUUAUCAAUAAUGAUGAAAGAAGAGCUCUAAAAGGAAAAUAUAGCAUGGAUACUGCACUGGAAGACAAGAUCUGUGAUCUCUAUGAUUUAUAUGUUGAGGGGAUGGAUGAAGAUAAAGGCCCUCAAAGCAGGAAGCUAUAUGUUGAGCUUGCAGAGUUGUGGCCACAUGGUUACAUGGACAAUGUUGGAAUCAAAGAUGCUAUAUACAGAUCCAAGGAGCGAAAGAGGGCAUUAUACAGGCAGAAUAAGGUUCGUGAUGAGGAGAGGAUCAAGAGGAAAAAAUUGGCUGCAGCAGUUAGGGUAGAGGAGACUAACCCGGGGCCAGCUUCUCAAGCACGAGCUGGACAAGAGAGACCAGUUACUGACCCUACUGGUCCAUUUCUUGUUUCUCCGGACAAGUUAGUAUCCAAUCAAUUGCCUGCCUCAUUAGGCAGAAUUACUGAUCCUACUCCACUUUCAAGUGAUUCCGGACAGCAACAUGUACUGAAAAAUCCUGACAAGGCUAAAGGAGGUAGCAUGAGUGUAAUCCCCGACGAUGGCAGCAAAGCUGUUGUCGAUAUGAAAAAGAAGAUGAAGAGGAAGUCAGAAUCAGACUUGGGGGAAAUCCAUGUUCAUCCUCUUAAGGUUCCUUCUCAGCAUACCAAGGAAAGGCACAAAUCUGAAAAGCUUACAGAUGACACAGAUGUUAGUCAGCAGUCUAAACCAAGCAUUCCGCUGCCUGGAGUUCCAGAUUCUGACCAAGCAAGCUGAUUCUGGUUCAUCAUAGCAUUACGAAAUAUGCCUCUUCCAGUCAAUUCUUUUGUGAGCAACUGUGUAGUAUAAUGCAGAUUCUCUUCCCAAUAUAACCAUGAGGAGAUAUAUGGCUGUCCCUAUUUUGCUUCUAACUAGAACGCAAAAUAAUUACUUGCUACCAAUUGAAUCAUUUUCCUUGUUA